GGACAGUUUUAAGCUGGCUACCAAUGAGAGUGGUCGUUCAGUAUGGCUGUCAGAGUUUUGUGUGGCAAGAUCGUACGUCGUUGUGUCAGUGCUGGAACAAAUAAUGGAAGAUGCAUGUCCCACUAUCCUAUAGAUGAGCAUAUAUUUGGACUGUCAAGUGAACAGCAACAGCUUCGUCAAUUAAUUUUCGAUUUCGCACAAAAAGAACUAGCGCCAAAAGCAGCAGACAUUGAUAAGACGAACAACUUUACUGAAUUAAGAGAGUUUUGGAAGAAGCUAGGAAAUCUUGGUGUUUUAGGUAUAACUGCUAGUCCUGAGUAUGGCGGAACUGGUGGGAAGUAUUUAGACCAUUGCGUUAUUAUGGAAGAAUUGUCAAGGGCUUCGGGAGCCAUUGCGCUGUCGUACGGCGCCCAUUCAAACUUGUGCAUAAAUCAGAUAAAUAGAAACGGAACACACGAGCAAAAGGCUAAAUAUUUACCUAAACUAUGUUCAGGCGAGCAUAUGGGAGCGCUGGCGAUGUCCGAACCCGGAGCGGGCAGUGACGUGGUCUCCAUGAAGUUACGUGCCGAAAAAAAGGGGGACUAUUACGUGCUGAAUGGCAACAAAUUCUGGAUAACAAACGGUCCAGACGCUGACGUUUUAGUUGUUUACGCUAAAACUGAUUUAACAAGCAAACCGCAACAUGGAAUAUCAGCGUUUUUGGUCGAAAAAAAUUUCCCCGGUUUCUCUACUGCUCAGAAACUCGACAAACUCGGAAUGAGAGGUUCCAAUACAGGCGAACUGGUAUUUGAAGAUUGUAAGGUGCCAGCAGCUAAUCUAUUGGGCGAAGAGAACAAAGGUGUGUACGUGUUGAUGUCGGGGUUGGAUCUGGAGCGCCUCGUGCUAGCCGCGGGCCCCGUCGGCCUCAUGCAAGCCGCCAUUGACACCGCUUUCUCAUACGCUCAUACUAGGAAACAGUUCGGAAAGAAUAUUGGGGAAUUCCAGUUAUUACAGGGUAAAAUGGCGGACAUGUACACGACAUUGAGCGCCAGCCGGAGCUACUUAUACAGCGUGGCGCGGGCGUGCGACGCGGGACACGUCAACAGCAAGGACUGCGCGGGCGUCAUAUUGUACUGCGCGGAGCGAGCCACGCAACUCGCACUAGAUGCCAUACAAAUAUUAGGAGGCAAUGGUUAUAUCAACGAUUAUCCAACGGGAAGAAUACUUAGGGAUGCUAAAUUAUAUGAAAUAGGCGCUGGCACAUCUGAAGUGAGAAGAAUGCUUAUAGGAAGAGCAUUGAACGGGGAAUACAAAUAAAUAAUGAUUAUAUGUUUAUACAAAAUAAUAUAGUUUUUUUAAUGUCUCAACA